AUGACCCUGCCACCCACCAGCACUGGGACCUCAGCCCCAGACGUGGGCGGCCGCAUGCUGACGGGGGGCCCUGUCCUCGAAGCUCCAGACAACAGGGGCCGGUGCUCCACAUGGGGGGCCGGCCACUUCUCCACCUUUGAUGGCCACACAUACGACUUCUCGGGGACCUGCAACUACGUCUUUGCGGCCGUCUGCAAGGAUGCCCCAUCCACCUUCAGCGUCCAGCUACGGCGAGGGCCUGGUGGGAACAUCUCCCGGAUCAUUGUGGAGCUGGGGGCCUCUGUAGUCACCGUGCAGGACGCAGUCAUCACCGUCAAGGACGUGGGGGUGGUCAGCCUGCCCCACACCAGCAACGGGCUCCAGAUCACACCCUUCGGACAGAGCGUGCGCCUGCUGGCCAAGCAGCUGGAGAUGGAGCUGGUGGUCAUGUGGGGUCCCGGUGCCCAUCUCACGGUACUGGUGGAGAGGAAGUACAUGGGCAAGAUGUGCGGGCUGUGUGGGAACUUUGACGGCAAGAAGACCAACGAGUUUCUGAGCGAGGACGGCCAACUGCUGGAGCCCCACAAGUACGCCGCCCUCCAGAAACUGGACGACCCCAACGAGAUCUGCGCCUACGAGGCCAUCCCCAGCCCCCGGCUCCUGCAGGCAGAGCACGCCCAGGCCUGCCUGCGGCUGCUGACCCUGGUGGCGCCCGAGUGCACCGUGCCCCAGGAGCCCUUCCUGCUGAGCUGCCAGGCGGACAUGGCCGCAUGCGCGGAGCCCGGCCGGCCCAACUGCAGCUGCGCCACGCUGUCCGAGUACUCACGCCAGUGCAGCGUGGCCGGCCAGCCCGUCAGCAGCUGGCGGGGCCCCGACCUCUGCUCUGUGGGCCAGUGCCCGGCCAACCAGGUGUACUGGGAGUGCGGCGAGACCUGCGUGCGGACCUGCUCCAACCCGCGGCACAGCUGCUCCAGCUUCUGCACCUUCGGCUGCUUCUGCCCAGAAGGGACGGUUCUGGACGACAUCUCGAAAAACCACAGCUGUGUUCCCGAGCCCCAGUGCCCCUGCAUGCUCAGUGGGGUGGUCUACGCCCCCGGGGAGGUCACAACAGCCGCCUGCCAGACCUGCCGGUGCUCGGGGGGCCACUGGGAGUGUGAGGAGCGGCCCUGCCCGCGGCGCUGCGCCCUGGAGGGCGGCUCCUUCGUCACCACGUUCGACGCCAGGCCCUACCGCUUCCAUGGCACCUGCACCUACGUCCUUGUCCAGAGCCCCCAGCUCCCUGGCGGCGGCUCGCUCAUGGCUGCGUUCGACAAGUCUGGGUAUUCACACUCGGAGACCUCCCUGGUUGCUGUCAUCUACAAGUCCAGCCAGGACAAAAUCGUGAUUUCUCAGGAUGAGGUGGUCACCAACAACGGCGACACCAAAUGGCUGCCGUACAAGACUCGAAACAUCACGGUCUUCAGGCAGACAUCCACCCACCUUCAGAUGGUCACCACCUUUGGGCUGGAGCUCGUGAUCCAGCUCUGGCCCGUGUUCCAGCUGUACAUCACCGUCGGGCCCCAGUUCAGAGGCCAGACCAGAGGGCUCUGCGGCAACUUCAACGGGGACACGACGGACGAUUUCACCACGAGCAUGGGCAUCGCCGAGGGCACUGCCUCGCUCUUUGUGGACUCCUGGCGGGCGGGGAACUGCCCCGCUGCGCUGGAGCGAGAGACCGACCCCUGCUCCAUGAGCCAGCUCAACAAGGUGUGUGCGGAGACCCACUGCGCGGUGCUGGUGCAGAAGGGCACGGUGUUCGAGAACUGCCAUGCCACCGUGGACCCCAAGCCCUUCUACAAGAGGUGCGUGUACCAGGCUUGCAACUACGAGGAGACAUUCCCGCACAUCUGCGCCGCCCUCGGCGACUACGCGCUCGCGUGCGCCUCCCGGGGCGUCCUGCUGCAGGGCUGGAGGAACAGCGUGGACAACUGCAGCAUUCCCUGCACAGGCAACCAGACGUUCAGCUACAACAGCCAGGCCUGUGACCACACGUGCCUGUCGCUGACGGACCGCGAGGCCGAGUGCCACCCCAGCGCUGUGCCAGUGGACGGCUGCAACUGCCCUGAGGGCACCUACCUGAACCACAAGAGCGAGUGUGUGCGCAAGGCCCAGUGCCCCUGCCUCCUGGACAGCCACGGGUUCAUCCUGGCCGACCAGUCCACCAUGGUCAACGGGGUCGUCUGCCACUGCAUCAACGGGCGGCUGAGCUGUCGGGCGCGGCCUCAGAUGCUUCUGGCGACCUGCUCCGCGCCGAAGACCUUCCAGUCCUGCAGUCAGUCCUCGGAGGACAAGUUUGGGGCAGCCUGCGCCCCCACCUGUCAGAUGCUGGCCACUGGCACCCCCUGCGUGCCCACGAAGUGUGAGCCCGGCUGUGUCUGUGCCAAGGGGCUCUACGAGAACGCCAGCGGGCAGUGCGUGCCCCCCGAGGAGUGCCCAUGCGAGUUUGCGGGCAUCUCCUACCCCCGGGGCGCUGAGCUCCACACUGACUGUAAGAGCUGCACCUGCUCGAAUGGGACGUGGUCCUGCCAGCAGAGCGCCCACUGCCCGUCCACCUGCAGCCUCUAUGGGGAGGGCCACGUGGUCACCUUUGACGGGCAGCGCUUCGUGUUCGACGGCAACUGCGAGUACAUCCUGGUCACGGACGGCUGCAAUGCCAGUGACUCGCAGCCCACCUUCAAGAUCCUGACAGAGAACGUCGUGUGUGCAAAGUCAGGCGCCACCUGCUCACGGGCCAUAAAGAUCCUCCUGGGGGGCCUGUCCAUCGUGCUGGCAGACGCCAACUACACGGUGAGCGGGGAGGACCCUGGCGUGCACUUCCGGGUCAAGGCUGGCUCCCUGCACCUGGUGCUGGACGUCACCAUCGGCAGCGCGUACAACCUGACUCUCACCUGGAACAAGCACAUGGCCGUCUUCAUCAAGGUCGCCCGCGCCUCCCAGGAUCCCCUCUGCGGCCUGUGUGGCAACUACAAUGGGAAUAUGAAGGACGACUUCCAGACACGCAGCAAGUACUUGGCGUCCAGCGAGCUGGAGUUCGUGAACUCCUGGAAGGAGAGCCCGCUGUGCGGCGACACCACCUUCGCGCUGGACCCCUGUAGCCUCAACACCUUCCGCCGCUCCUGGGCCGAGCGCAAGUGCAGCAUCAUCAACAGCCAGACCUUCGCCGCCUGCCACGGCCAGGUCUACCGCCUGCCCUACUACGAGGCCUGCGUACAGGACACGUGUGCGUGCGACACUGGGGGGGACUGCGAGUGCCUAUGUGACGCUGUGGCUGCCUACGCCAAGGCCUGCGUGGACAAGGGCGUGUGUGUGGACUGGCGGUCCCCCGACUUCUGCCCCGUGUACUGUGACUUCUACAACACGCACAUGCAGCUGGGCAGCGAGUUCCAGUACACCCAGCAGGCCAACUGCACAUGGCACUACCAGCCGUGCCUCUGCCCCGCGUGGCCACAGAGCGUCCCGGACAACAUCGAAGGCUGCUACAACUGCUCCCAGGAUGAGUACUUCGAUCACGACAAGGGGACGUGCGUGCCAUGCAGUAAGCCCAGCCCACUGCCCGCAAGCUCGCCUGCCACAGAAACCACGCCAGCCACGGCCAGCACCACACUGACCCCCAGCACUGGGCUCGGCUCCCCAACGACACCCACGGCCCCCACGCAGACGCCUAGCCUCUCAGCCACAGCCUCUUCAUCCACACAGGCAGGGACAGCCCCAACCACCCGGACACAACCAGCGGUCUCCUCAGAGGGGUCACCUCAGAGCACCUCUGCUGUCACCGCCCGGGCCACAUCCGCACUGGCCCCCACGGCCACUCAGAGGUCCACAGCCACAGGCCCUCCCGUGACCUGGGCCACCACGUGGCCCACGGGGCCCUCCUUCAGCACCACCACGCAGUCCACAGCUCGGGCCACGGCGCACACGACAGCAGCCUCGCCAAGCCUGGCAACACCAGGGACCGCCACAGAGUACCCCACAACAUCCUCAACACACCGAUGGAGCCCCGAAACCCCCGCCAGUGAGGAGACAGUGCGCACGGAGCCCUCACAACCGCCAGAGGGCACCACAGGGCCCAGCACGGAACACACUGCCCUGCGGCCAACCGCGCCCACCGCCGGGGCCCAGGGCAGCGCCAGCCCCAGCACGCCGGCGGCCCCCUCCACGGCCACGAACCACCACACCCAUAGCCACGCCACCGACAGAGACAAUCAUACCCACAACCCCACCACUGACAGAGAUCACCACACCCACAGCUACAUCACUGACAAAGACCACCACACCCACAGUCACAACACUGACAACCACCACCACAGGAACCACCACACCCAUAGCCCCACCACUGACAGAGACCACCACACCCACAGUCACACCACUGACAGAGACAACCAUACCAACAGCCCCACCACUGACAGAGACCACUACAAAAACCACUACACCCACAGCCACACCACAGACAAAGACUACAACAGAAACCACCACAGUCACAGCCACUCCACUGACAGAGACAAUCAGAGAGACUUCCACAUCCACAGCCACACCACUGACAAAGAACACUACAUCCAAAGCCCCACCGCUGACAGAGACCACCACACCCACAGCCCCACCACUGACAACUACCACCACAGCCCCACCACUGACAGAGACCACUACAAAAACCACUACACCCACAGCCACAUCACUGACAAAGACUACAACAGAAACCACCACAUCCACAGCCACACCACUGACAAAGACCACUACACCCACAGCCCCACCACUGACAACUACCACCACAGGGACCACCACACCCACAACACACCACUGACAGAGACCACAGCAGAAACCACCACAGCCACACCAGUGACAAAUACCACCACAGGGAUCACCACACCCACAGACACACCACUGACAAAGACCACCACAGGGACCACUCAAGCCCAAAACUCGGUCAGCACAGUAACCUUCACAGCCCCAAUAUCACACUCUACUUCAGCCAUCCUCCCUGUGACCACUUCUCCAGCACUCAGCACUAUCUCCCGUACAUCCACCAGUAGAGGCACUGGGACACCCAUGACACGCACUACAACAGCCGCCCCCACUGGGCCACACACGCCAUUCACCACUCACUCCAGUGCCAACGUUUCUGUCCAUACCACCUCUCACACAACAGCUCUGCCAGCAGGAACAUCCUUCCGGACCACCACCACCCAUUCCACCCCAUCACAUCCAGAGACCCUUCCCGUCCACGUGUCAACAUCUGUGACUUCCACCUCUCACCCAGUCAUCACCCCAACGGAGUCCCACGCUACCUACUCCACCACAAAGCCUACUGGCACCCCAACGCCACUGACACACGUCCUGGUCACAUCCACGGCACCCACACCCAUGUCCUCACUGUUGACAACAACAACAGGGAGCACCACACCCACAACCCUGCCACUCACAAAGACCACCACAGGGACCACUCAAGCCCAGAGCCCGUCCACCACCGCACAGGCCACCUCUCUCACCACCCAAACCCCCACCCACGGCCUCCUGUCUUCUACGCUGGGCGUGACAGCCGUCCCAAGUUCUCCAGCCACCAACCUCACCACCAGACAGCCGAGUACCACCAGGCUGCAGACUACCGUGUUCCUGGCCAGCUCCAUCACUGCACAUGGAAGCUCCUUCCUCCCCACCGCCGGGUCUGUGUCCACAGAGAGCCAGUCCAUCUCCUCCUUUGCUACAUCUCUUCCCAGCUCUGCAGGUGCGGAGCCCCCAGAGGCCACGCCCCGGGGCCGCUGCCUGACGCCCGCCUCUCCACGCCCAGGGGCCUGCAGCGUGAAGGAGUCGGAGGAAGAAGUCACUUUCCAGGGGUGCACGGCCAACAUCACGGUGACCCGCUGCGAGGGUGUGUGCGCCUCCUCGGCCAGCUUCGACACGGACACCAUGCAAGUAGCCACCACCUGCAGCUGCUGCCACCCUGUCAGCUCCUACGAGGCGGAGCUCAUGCUGCCCUGCAUGGACCCUGUGGCGUGGGGGCAGCAGCUGGUGCUCACAGUGCAAGUGUUCAGCAGCUGUGCGUGCUACCGCCGGCGCUGCGGAGACUAG